AUGUUCUUCCGCACUUCCGCCUCCUUUUUCCUCGUCCUAAUCGUGGCCAGGACGAGCGCCGUGGACAAACUCGCAGGACUGAAGGAUGUCUCAGGUUAUAGCCUGGACAUACACGAAAUCCAGCGGCAAAACCAGAUAACCAAGCAGAUAUUGCAAAACUUUCUGGAAAAGCGGCUGUUCGGGCGCGACAAAUCGCCGAAGCCGCCCAGCGUGUGGGAGAUCCUCCCGAGAAACCGCAGGAAAAUGGUGAAUAACAUUCAGGACGCCUUGAAUGGCACGAGUAGCACGGAAAAGGAGACUUUAGAAAGCGGCGAAUCGGAAAGGAUAACCGCUUACGAGGAUUACGAUGAUGGCGGCGAUUGUCCCAAUUGCAUUGAGGACGCUGCACCAGCGCCUAAUAGGUGGACCAUGCCAUUGCUGAAGUUAGGCGAGAAACGGUACUACUUGGGAAUAUUUUUCAAGGCGAACUACUUUCGAGCGACGCAGUAUUGCCGGUUCCACGGCAUGCAUUUGGCCAGCAUCACAUCGCAAGAGGAGAACGACAAACUGGAGAAAUACAUCAGAGACUCAGGUUUCGGUCACGAGCAUUUCUGGACGUCGGGUACGGACUUGGCGGACGAGGGCAAGUUCUUCUGGAUGUCGACGGGCCGUCCGAUAACGUUCACCAACUGGAACGCCGGCGAGCCGAACAACUUCGAGUACGAGAACGGCGAGCAGGAGAAUUGCCUGGAGCUGUGGAACAGGGACGGCAAAGGGCUGAAGUGGAACGAUUCGCCGUGCUCGUUCGAGACGUACUUCGUUUGCGAGGUGCAGCCCUGA